AUGGCGGUGGCGCGCGUCGACGCGGCUUUGCCGCCCGGAGAAGGAUCAGUGGUCAAUUGGUCAGGCCAAGGACUACAGAAAUUAGGUCCAAAUUUACCCUGUGAAGCUGAUAUUCAUACUUUGAUUUUGGAUAAAAACCAGAUUAUUAAACUGGAAAAUCUUGAAAAAUGCAGACGAUUAAUCCAGUUGUCAGUGGCUAAUAAUCGGCUGGUGAGGAUGAUGGGUGUGGCCAAACUGACCCAACUCCGGGUGUUAAAUUUGCCUCAUAAUAGUAUUGGCUAUGUGGAAGGACUCAAGGAACUGGUACAUUUGGAGUGGCUCAAUCUGGCAGGAAAUAAUCUCAAGGCCAUGGAGCAGAUCAAUAGCUGUACAGUGCUACAGCACCUCGACUUAUCAGACAAUAACAUACCCCAGAUAGGUGAUCUAUCAAAAUUGGUAUCCCUGAAGACUCUGCUUUUACAUGGAAACAUCAUCACCUCUCUCAGAGUGGCACCAGCUUAUCUACCCAGAAAUCUAGCUAUACUUUCCUUGGCAGAAAAUGAAAUUCGAGACUUAAACGAGAUCUCUUUCUUGGCACCCUUAACUGAAUUGGAACAGUUGUCAAUCAUGAACAAUCCUUGCGUAAUGGCAACACCUUCCAUUCCAGGGUUUGACUAUCGGCCAUAUAUCGUCAGCUGGUGCUUAAACCUCAGGGUACUGGAUGGAUAUGUGAUUUCUCAGAAGGAAAGUUUGAAAGCAGAGUGGCUCUAUAGUCAAGGCAAAGGGAGAGCGUAUAGGCCUAGCCAGCACAUCCAGCUUGUCCAGUAUUUGGCUACAGUGUGUCCUCUCACUUCUACACUGGGUCUUCAAACUGCAGAGGAUGCCAAGCUAGAGAAGAUUCUGAGCAAGCAGAGGUUUCACCAGAGACAGUUAAUGACUCAAAGCCAAAAUGAUGAUAUAUCCUCUCCUGCUCCUGUUGAAACAAAGUCACCCAUUAUACCUGAGUGUUCAAGUCCUAUUCAAGAUUGCCAAAUAGUACAGGAAAAUGAACCUGUCAUCCAAAUCAAUUCUUGGGUUGGGAUAAGCAGUAAAGAAGAGCAGUUGUAUACUGUUAAGAGCAACUUUCCAGCCUCUAUACACACUCCAAGAUAUUCUCGAAAUGAUCUGCACCUAGAAGACAUACAGACGGAUGAGGACAAGUUAAACUGUAGUUUACUCUCUUCAGAGUCUACUUUUAUGCCAGUUGCUUCAGGAUUAUCUCCAGUAUCACCUACAGUUGAACUGAGGCUACAAGGUAUUAACUUGGACUUAGAAGAUGAAGGGGUUGUAGAUGAAUCUGUGAAAAGGUUGGAAAACCAGGACUUAGAUAAGGAAGAGGAAAAAGCUUUAUGGGCUGCAAAUGAGAAUUCUAUUAAAAUUGUGCAAACUGAGAACAGUGCAGAGGUAAAUGAGAAGACUAGACUCUUACCUUGUCCUGAGUCAACAAUAACUAGUACUGGCUCAAAGGGUGAGGACCAUGUUCGUACAUCUUACCCUAAGUCAUUUGGACACAAUGUUUUCCUUACACGGUCAGAUAAUGAAGAAACCACGUGUCAAAUGGCUUCAGAGAAACUUUCCUGUAGGGGUUUGACCCAGAGAUCUGUUGCUUCAGAGCAAGAUAAAGUCUCUCUUCAAAAAUUGAAUGAAGCAGCCACCAAGCUUCAGGCCUACUGGAGGGGAUUUUAUGCUAGAAACUACAACCCUCAAGCCAAAGACGUCCGCUACGAGAUUCGCUUGCGCAGAAUGCAGGAACACAUCGUCUCCUUAACGGAUGAAAUAAGAAGAUUGAGAAAAGAAAGAGAUGAAGAGCGGAUUAAAAAAUUUGUGCAAGAAGAGGCUGUCAAAUUCCUUUGGAACCAGGUGAGAUCUCUAAAAAAUUGGCAACAGACUGUGGACCAGCGCCUCAGUUCCUGGCAUAAUGAGGUUCCUAUAUCAAGUACUCUGGUGUCAGCUAAAUCUCCACUAUUCAUCGAAAGUCAGGAUUCCUCUUCUGAUAAAAACCCAGACUGGCUCCUUGCUCCCCCUGAUGAAACUCCUCAAGAGAAAUCCUUACCAGAAUUUCCAGACUCUGGGUUUCAUUCAUCUCUUACAGAACAAGUUCACUGUUUAGAGGAUUCUUUGGAAUGUGAAAAAAGUUCCACAGAGGGCAGCGAAAGUUCCAUAAUGGGGAAUUCUAUCGACACAGUCAAAUAUGGCAGAGAGUCAGAUUUAGGGGAUGUUAGUGAGGAAAAUGGUGGAUGGAGUAAGGAACACUCAAACAGUGAACAGGAUAAUAGUUUGCUUGAACAGUAUUUAACUUCAGUUCAACAGCUAGAAGAAGCUGAUGAGAAGACAGAUGUUGAUGAAGGAAUAGGAGAUAGUAAGCUUCACAUGGCUUGUUCUCCAGAAAAAUUAGAUGCCUUAUGUGACAAUACUUCUGUAGAGACUCCUGGCGUAUCUCCUCCUUUGCAAGAUGAAGUCAGCCAGCCAUCAGAGAAGUCUGAGUUAAAUCCACAAGUUCAAGGGCAGCAGUCAGAAUGUGAAUCUCCAUUUCAGGUAUUGCAUGUUGGUAUUACUGUGUAG